CCUCUUCCUCCUGUCGUCUAUCCACGUGAUGACGUGACCACGUCCACUCUCUCCCCUCAGCUUGGAUCCCCCCCGUCUCCCUCCGGUCCUCACCACCAGUCACCACCACCACGCGGUCGAGAGAGGGAAGAGAGGGAGGCGAAUGGCGAGCUCCCAGUGCUGCGAGAACCCUCCGGCACUGAACCCCGCCGGCGGGGAGGGCAAGGUCGUCGACAGCUUCGGCGGGCUCAAGGCCUACGUCGCCGGCUCUGACGACGCCAAGGCCGCCGUCGUCCUCAUCUCCGACGUUUUCGGGUUCGAAGCUCCAAAUCUGAGGAAGAUAGCCGACAAGGUAGCUUCGUCUGGAUUUUUCGUUGUGGUGCCAGAUUUCCUGCAUGGGGAUCCUUAUGCACCUGAAAAUGCUGAGAGAUCGAUACCAGUGUGGAUAAAGUCACAUGCUCCGGAAAAUGCGUUUGAAGAGGCAAAGCCAGUUAUUGCUGCUCUAAAGGAGAAGGGAGUUUCUACUGUUGGGGCUGCAGGUUAUUGCUGGGGUGCAAAGGUAGUUGUGGAGUUGGCAAAGGCUAAUGAGAUCCAGGCUGCUGUACUGUUGCACCCUUCGCUUGUUACUGUUGAUGAUAUCAAAGAGGUCAAAUGCCCGAUUUCUAUUCUUGGAGCCGAGAUUGACAAAACGUCCCCUCCAGAAUUAGUCAAGCAUUUCGAGCAGGUUCUUUCUGCGAAUGGGGUUGCUCACUUUGUCAAGAUUUUCCCUGGUGUCGCGCAUGGAUGGAGCGUGAGAUACAGUCACGAUGAUGCAGCUGCCGUGAAGAGUGCUGAGGAGGCCCUGGCGGACAUGAUCGACUGUUUCAACAAGAAUCUAAAAUGAAUUCACUCUGAAGUUGCUGUCGUCCAUGUAUUAAGCACAUCAUAGUGUUCUGGGAUAUCUGUUGUUUAGGUCCCGCAUCAUCAGGGGAUUCGAAGUCCCACUGUCUUUAUGCUUGCAUACGUUUUCUGUAGACUGGUUGUGCUGAAAAGCUGUAACAAACGUUUUUUAUGGAUUGGCCGUGAGCUUGUGAACCAAACAUUGGUCACGAAAAAUGAAUAUCGCGAGGCGAAGGUGAACUAUGGUUGCAAUCGGAA